UUGUGUAGUACAUCUUUAUUAUCAUAGAUCAUAAUGGCCGAAGGCGACUCGUUUAAAUCAACGGAUCUCGAGGAGACCUUUGACAGGGCAGCGCGUCACUUGCAAACUCUUGUACCCGAUUUAGACUCUGGUCAGCUUCUUGGAUUCUAUGGUCUCUACAAACAGGCUACUUGCGGGUCAUGUGAUGUACCAAGACCCAAUUGGUAUCAGAUGCAAGCGAAACAUAAAUGGGAAUCCUGGAAGUCUCUGGGUGAAAUGAGUCGAGAAGUAGCGAUGGCAAGCUAUAUUCGUGCCGUUGGAAAACUCGAUCCUACAUGGGAGGAAGACACAAAGGGCGACUCCCAAGCUUGGGUGGCUGUAAGCAGACUACCUAAUACUGAUACUGAACUUCGUGAUAUUGACAAAACCUUUUUAGAUUGGGUGAAGGAUGGAAGCGAGGAAAAGGUUCUGGAUUUCCUGACCCAGGAUUCGACGAUCCUUUCGCAGGCGGAUGACUGUGGAAUGUUGCCUUUACACUGGGCAGCAGAUAGAGGACAUGUACCUACUAUAAAAUGUCUGGUUGAAGCAGGUGCGGAUAUAAAUGCAAAGGACGGAGAGGGACAAACACCUUUGCACUACGUGUCAUCUUGUGGUCACGCGGAAGCACUCAAGUAUUUGUUAUCUAAAGGAGCAGAGAGUUUAGAAGACAACGACGGCAUGACGCCAAAGGACGUCGCGGAUGAACACCUUUUGCCUAUGUUUUGAUGUACAAUUCACUUAAGGCGCGCAAUACAUACAUCUGCGUUUCAAUAGUUUAAUAAAACUACCAUUUUAACACGCA